AUGACCAGUGAACAGGUGAACGAUGACAAUAAAGUAAUUGUGUCAAGUAAUACUAAAUCGAUCAAACUUCCUUGGAUUCAACUUGGCAAAUAUGAAUUUGAAACAUUAUGUAAAUCAUCUUGUUGUAAAGAAUUGUUACAAGCAGAUAAAAUUUACAUAUGUGAAUUUUGUUUGAAAUGGUCUUUGUCAUUUACAUGUUGGCGUAGACAUAGGUCAAAAUGUACUCAGGAUCGGCCACCUGGACGUUUGAUCUAUAGUCAGAGUGAUGUGAAUGUAUAUGAAGUUGAAGGCUGGAAAUAUCAGACAUACUGCGAAGAUUUAUGCUUGAUGGCAACAUUUUUUAUUGAUAGUAAGAAAUUAUUGAAAGGUUUAUGUUUUCUUAUCAAACUGUUAUUUGUUUUAGGUAAAGUUGAAACAAAAAACGUUCAUCGAUUUAUUUUCUAUGUAUUGACAGUGAAAGAAAAUGAUGGGUACCAUUUUUCAUCCUAUUUUUCAAAAAUACAUUUACAAGAACGACUUAAUUUAUCAUGUCUACUAGUAUUACCACCUUACAGACGGCGAGGUUUUGGAAGUUUACUUAUUAGUAUCAGUUAUGGAUUGAGUAAACUGGUAAAACAUUAUAGUGGAACACCAGAAAGACCGUUGUCAUCCCAAGGAUUACUUUGUUAUAGAAAAUUUUGGAAAGCUAAAAUUUUUCAGUAUCUUCUAUCCAAAACAAAUUCAAAUGAUAUUGUAAUAAAUGACAUUAGCCAAGAGACAUCAAUUGCAACUAACGAUAUUAUAGAAACCUUAGCGUCAUUAAAUAUGAUUAAAAUGCUUGAAAAGGAUCGAUUGAUAAUUAUUCGUCCGCAAGACCUGUUUGAUGAAUACAUAAAUCAAAUAGCCAAUUCUUCAUUAAUGCAAAUUCAAUAUGAUCAAAAAUAUUUGAGAUUGAAACAACCAUCGACAUCAUAUCCACUAUCGGUUUCAAAUCGACAAACACUAAUAACCGAUGAUUCAACGUUGUCUUUCUUAAUGUACACAACGUCAGAUAAAGAUUCAUCGUGA